AUGUACCUACCCAGCAAGGUUUAUCAGGUGACUCUCAGACUGCAACCCAUCUUCAAGCGAUCUAUCACCUUCUUAGAGAAGGAUGAUUCAGACUUGGGAGAUCAAGUGGGUAGCUUCGGCAAUCAACAUGAGUUUGCAGACAUGACAUGGUAUCCAAGCCAGAGAAAGGUGAUCUACCGGAUUGAUGACCGAGUCUCCUCGAAUGUCUCCGGCAAUGGCCUCAAUAAUUUCACCCCAUUCCGCUCCACUCUUUCAGCUGUACUGGCAGCAUUAAGAACUGCAGAGGAGGUACAAGAAUUGAGAGGAGACGCUAAUGGGAAGUGCAUAGAUGGAAAACUUGCCACAUCAACUCUGAAGCUCACUGCCUAUGGCUACACCAACAAUGGUAUUAUAUUUACGGGGUACCCAGUGGUUGGGUAUCACAACCACCUCCAAUCCUCAGGAACUUGCCUUGAUAGCCAUGAGAAUAGAAAGAUCACAAUGUGCCCGUGGGACCAUAGGGUUAAGGGACUCUUCUUCCACCAAACCGCAUUCAGUAUUAGCUUAUCCAAUGUCAAGAGCUUCAUUCAAGAUGUGCAAAAACUAGUUGAUUUGGAGCCUAAAGCAUUGUGUGUCCUAGACUUGUACAAUGGAGUCCUCAUGAGGUAUGUGAAGUCCUCAAGUGCUUUCUUAGGCAAACAAGAAGAUGUUGUAGACUUUGAUAUCACUUAUUAUCGGAGAAAAGACCCAAUGACCCCUAGGCUUUAUGAAGACAUACUUGAGGAGGUGGAGCAGCUUGGCUUGUUCAAAUACGGAGGGUUGCCCCAUUGGGGCAAGAAUCAAAACGUAGCGUUUGAUGGUGUAAUCAAAAAAUACAAGAAUAUUAGAGAGUUCUUGAAGGUGAAGGCGAGGUAUGAUCCAUUAGGGAUUUUCUCUAGCGACUGGACAAACCGAUUACUUGGAUUGCAAAACGGAGUGACAAUGGUCCAGGAGGGUUGUGCUCUAGAAGGGUUGUGUGUAUGCUCUCAAGAUGUCAAUUGUGCCCCAAGUAAAGGCUACUAUUGUCGACCGGGAAGAGUUUACAAGGACGCAAGAGUUUGUACUAAGUUAAGUUAAGGAAUUUGAUAUUGUUCAUUCAAGGAUUAACUUAAAUUCAAAUUUAAAUAAUAUUCAUUUACAUAUGAAUAUCAAGAUUGAAUUUGAGAGGACUGUCAUAGAUUUGAA